CGUUUCUCCACCGUCACGCUCGCACUGCCCCGAAGAGGAGGCUGUUGGUUAUAACUUCUGCACGCACAGCGAAUUGCUACAUGUUGAAAGAAUUCUGUCAGAACCCAAAAAACCCAAUAAAGUAGUGAGCUGGACUUGAGCAGUCGGCUGCUGGCCCGACAGUCUUGCAAAGCUCGGUUUGUGGCCUCAUAGUCGGACAGUUAGGUAACAAUUAAGUAACAUUUAGGUAAGCUUGUGCACAUCUGCAUGACACGGUCCCCAGCCCGUCCCUCCAGAAACUCGGGGACUUGUGCCAGUCUUACCAUUAGGUAAGCUCUCUGCACAGCAGCAUGGCAGACACUCUGUGCAGGCUCUUCCAUUCCUCCACAAAGAGCACUUCAAAAACUGUUGAAGAGCGUGGCAAGUGGGGCAGCAAAAAGGAGUUCAUCCUGUCUGUGGCCGGUGCUAUUAUUGGACUUGGCAACGUGUGGAGAUUUCCGUAUCUUUGCUACAAGAAUGGCGGGGGUGCUUUCUUAAUUCCUUACGUCCUGUUCCUUGUGACCUGUGGCAUACCUCUGUUUGUGCUGGAGACGGCACUGGGCCAGUACACCAGUCAGGGGGGGAUCAUGUGCUGGAGGAAGGUCUGCCCCUUGUUUGAAGGCAUGGGAUACACCAGCCAAAUGAUCAUUUUCUAUGGAAGUAUCAGCUAUAUUGUGAUUUUAGCCUGGGCUUUUCUCUACUUGUUCUCUUCCUUCUCUGGAGAGUUGCCAUGGGCCACCUGUAAUAACACAUGGAAUACAAAUCGUUGUGUAGAAAUAAACAACUACAAUACCACUGCCAACUGGACAUCACCUGUGAAUGCAUCAUCUUCUGUUGUAGAGUUUUGGCAGCGUCGGGUGUUGAAUACAUCCAGCGGCAUAGAGAACUUGGGAAGCAUACAGUGGGACCUUUCUCUGUGCCUUCUUCUAGCCUGGGUCAUCUGCUACUUUUGUGUUUGGAAGGGAGUAAGAUCCACGGGAAAGGCUGCAUAUUUCACAGCCACAUUCCCCUUUGUCCUGUUAGCCAUGCUGUUUGUCAGAGGACUGACCCUUCCUGGAGCCUUCCAUGGUAUCAAGUACUACUUGUACCCCAAUCCUGAACGGCUCGCUGACCCACUGGUUUGGAUGGACGCUGGAACACAAAUAUUUUAUUCCUAUGCCAUAUGUCUGGGAUGCCUGACUACACUUGGGAGCUACAACAAGUACAACAAUAACUGUUACAGAGACUCCUUUUAUCUUUGCUUGUUGAACAGCGCGACCAGCUUCAUGUCAGGCUUUGCCAUUUUCUCAGUUCUGGGUUACAUGUCACAAAAGCAGGGUGUCGACAUUGCUACAGUUGCUGAGUCAGGUCCAGGCCUUGUUUUCAUAGUCUACCCACAAGCUGUGACCCUGCUGCCUUGGCCUCAGGUCUGGUCUGUGUGCUUCUUCGCCAUGAUCAUCUUGUUAGGAAUAGACGGUCAGUUUGCAGGUCUUGAAAGCAUCAUGACCUCUUUGACAGAUGUCUUCCCCUCCCAUUUAAGGAAAGGAUAUCACAGAGAGCUUUAUCUGAUGCUGAUCUGUGUGCUUUGCUAUCUGUUUGGCCUGUUAUUGGUGUCACGGGCUGGCGCAUACAUUCUGCAGAUCUUCGAUCACUAUGUUUGCAGCGGUCCUACUCUUCUGCUGAUGGCAAUUUUCCAGUCAGUUACGAUUGGAUGGAUUUAUGGUGCCGAUCGCUUCUACACCAACAUUGAGGACAUGAUCGGAUACAGACCUCUGUCACUGAUCAAGUACUGCUGGCUCUAUGUCACUCCUCUCAUUUGCAGUGGAACACUUAUAUUUUUGCUCCUGAAGUACACCCCACUGAAGUUCAACAACACCUACGUGUAUCCUUGGUGGGCUUACUGCAUUGGCUGGUUCCUCGCACUGUCGUCGCUUUCUAUGAUCCCAGUCACUAUGAUCUACAAACUGGCCAAAGGAAGAGGGACUCUCUGGCAGCGUCUGAAGACCAGCUCCCGGCCUGCAAGUGAUCUUCGAGGAAUGGAAAAGGAAAUGAUAAAUGUCCAUCAUUCACUAAGUGCCCCAAUAUAACUGUUCAGCCAUAUUCACUAAAAUGCAAAUCUUUAAACGUACCUUUUAAUUUGCAUUUUAAUUAAUACUUAAGGUGUGGGUCCUCUAUUAUGCACAUAUAUGGUGGCUGGUAUUAAUAUUUUUUAUAAGGUGAAAGGGUCUAUCUGAACACGAGUCUAUCUGUUAGAGGUUACUACACUAAUAUAGGGCCUCUGAUAUAACUUCAAAUACCUCAAACAUUAACAAUAAUAACAUUUUCACUUAACUUUUUACUUUAAACUCACUAUGAACACACAGAUGUUUAUAGAUGUUUAUAGGCAGUGUUAUUGAAAAGAAACUUGCAAUUAAUAUUCAUAGACCAACACAGUGAAUAGAAAUUUUAAAACUCAUCAAAAGUGUUCACCAUGACAGCAUAAUCAGUUUUUUUUCUUUUUCAGAAACAUAAAAGCAAUUUAUUUUAGUGUUUAAAACUGUGAAAACAAAACACGUAUUCAGUUUAACACGUUUUAAUUUCCCCUAACAAGUCUUUGAAACUGCAACACCAAAUACAAGUAUUUAUUCUUAUUUUUUAUGAUGAAAGUAUUUACAUUUUUUAUUGAUUUCCUACAUUACAUCAACUGCUACUUCUGUUACAAUGCGUUCUGGGUUUUUUUUAUAUCAAAAUGUAUACAUAUAUUCAUAAAAACCGAAAAGUAAAAUCCUGUUUUUCUGUUCCUCUGUCAACCAGAGCCUGUUUUAAAAAUUAUAUCUAUGUUUUUGAAAUCUAAAUAAUUUUAAAACAUUUUUUUUUCCAUUCUCACAUUAAGUUCUAAAUAAUUAAAUAACAUGGACACCUGCGUAGAAACACCUUCAUAACUUUUAAAAUAAAAAAGCUUCACUAAGCUUGUAGCUUUAUUUUGGUUAAUGCUACAACAUACAAGAUACAAAAUGCUUUAUAACGUACACAUGAAAAAUAAAAACGCACAUUUUAUAGAACAAAGUUCAAGGAUUUUAAACAAGCACUGAACUUAAAAUGUUGUAAUGUCGAGGGUUGCACAUCUAGUUUACUGUGUUCUGAACCAUUGUUAUGUUUAUAUUCCUAUAUUCUUUUGGUUAAAAUGCACUGAAUACAAGCAACAGAGGUCAGUUUUAUUUUGUUUUUUUACUUCAGACUCCUUUAGUGCCCCCUCCUUUUUUUAAUUACCUGGAACUGAGGAGUAACUAUGAAAUUGUGUCCUUUGGAAAGAUUCCUCCUUGACAUUUUCUGGCAUGUAGUCAAUGUUGCUUGUACUGCACACAAAUAUCAGGAAACAUUAGGCUUAACGAUCUGUAUGUAUUUCAAGCAUUCAGAGUAUAUAUACUUUUUUUUAUCAACAUGUAUAAUAAACCAAAUAAAUAUACCUUUUCAUGUCUGUCAAAACGUGGUUAGAUGUUUGCUGCUUACAUUUAUAACUGAACUCUUAAACAUUACUUUUACUUUAAGGUGCAUUGUAUUUUCUUGGAUUAUUGUAUUGGUUAAAGGACUUUUUAAAUGGAUCUUGAUAUUUGACCUUGAAUUUUUAUAACAAAAUACUUUGGGGAAUAAUUUAGCUUUCACUGUGAAGGCUUUUGUGUAAUUUAAGUGAAUAUGAUGAGAGUGUGACACAUACAGACUCUAUGGUGCGGGCUCUGGGGAGGCCAAUCCAUGACUGAUCAGUUUCUAUUGUGUCUUUAGAGCAUUGACAGUUUGUUUACGAUCGUUGUCAUGCUGGAAAAUAAAGCAUUUUACAGAUAUGCAGUAAUCAAUAUUUGAUUGAUACUGCUUGCCAUUUAA